AGUAAGCAUAUCUCAUACAUUGAAAUUGAUGAUGACAAUGAGCACAAUGACUUUGCUAUCCCUCCUAAGAAAUCACGGGGUUCAGGUGAUAGUAAAGAGAAACAAGAUGGUACUCUAGGCACCUAUGGUUUGAAGUGUGGUAAUGGUCAUACACGUAGUUUUCCAACAGAUGCAGAUAAUGUUAAGUCCAAAACGAAACAAAUGGGAACUUCUCCUGUAGAAAGCUUGCCAGAUAAGAAUACUGAGAAUGAAGAACUCAAUGUUAGAGGAGAAGCAAGUAAUAUGCCAGGAACCGGUGUCCCAAAAACUGAAGAAAUUGAUGAUUCUCAAUCAGAUUCAGAUGAGAAAAUUUACGUGUACUGGUCCAGAAUUUCAUGAUUUCAAUAAGGGUAGAGAGGAAAGUUGUUUUGCCGUUGGUCAAAUCUGGGUUUGUUACGAUUCAUUAGAUGUCAUGCCAAGAUUAUAUGCUCAGGUCAGGAAGGUAAAUAGUCCUGGAUUUGGAUUGCAAAUCACCUGGUUAGAAGCUGUAACUGAAGAUGAAGGUGAGACGAAUUAGGGUAGCAAGGAGUUACCUGUUGGUUGUAAAAAAUUUAAA